AUGAAUAAACAAUUUGGACUUGAUUUGACAUACUGGAAAUCACAUCAAGCAAAGUUAAAAGCAUUGAAAAUGGUUAGGGGUGAUCCCACAGAAUCCUAUGCUGAGAUACCAAGAUGUUUGCACAUGUUGACACAAUCAAAUCCAGGAUCUAUUGUCAGUUUACAAAAAACAGUCGAUGGACAUUUUCAAUAUGCUUUUGUGGCUUUAAAUUCUUCAAUACAAGGUUGGGUAAAUUGCAGGCCAGUUGUAAUUGUUGAUGGAAGCUUUCUCAAAGUAGCUUAUCAUGGAACAUUUCUAACUGCUAGUUGUCAAGAUGUUGGAGGACAUAUAUUACCAUUGGCAUACGCAAUUGUUGAUUCCGAGAAUAAUGCAUCAUGGCAAUGGUUUUUUGAAAAGUUCAAGAAAGCGUAUGGAGUGAGGGAUAAAAUGUGUUUUGUAUCAGAUAGACAUCAAAGCAUAAUUAGAGCUAUAUCGGUUAUAUUUCCAGAUUUACCACAUUACGCAUGUAUGUGGCAUCUGUGGAAAAACAUUAAAGAAAAUUUCAGGAGAAACCAAUUACAAUUAAGGGAAAUAUAUUAUGCAAUGGCUCGCGCAUACACUGUGCAAGAUUUUGAUUACUAUAUUGCUGAAGUUAAUCGCAUUGAUCAUCGAGUGAAAUCUUACCUGUAUGAAAUUGGCUAUAGUAAAUGGUCAAGGGCACAUUCCACAAGUAAUAGAACUAUGACCAUGACAUCCAACAUAGCAGAGUCGCUUAACUCAGCAACAAAAGACGCACGAGAUCUCCCAGUAACAAGGCUGCUUGAAGAGAUGCGUAAAUUAAUUGAGAAAUGGAACUAUGACAAGUCAAAAGAAGCUCUGUAUACAAAUACUAAACUUACAGCAAAAUAUGAAUCAAUUCUUGUUGAUAACCUGGAAAUUGCACUACAUAUGAUGACAUUCACUGAUUCACGAUUUUCUUUUUCUUCUCCUUUGAAGCUCACAGAUUCAGUAAUAGAGGAAUGCCAAAAUGGUGCAUCUGCCAUGUAA